UUCAUUGUAUGAGUGAGGUGUCGUGAGGUGUCUAUCGUUGUUGUGUUGUGUUGAGUUUUAAUUUGAUUUAUAAAUCUUAUAAACAAAAAUGGAACAGUGGCUUAAAGAGGGACUAUCUAAAGUCCUAGACUUUGAAAUACCUGACGAUUGGAUUUCCUAUAUAAUGUCAAUAGAAAGAGAGGCAGAUUUCAAUGAAUAUAUGAAAAAUUUGCUGGACUUUGAUAAUGCUCAGCACCGGAGUUUCUUCAUGGAUUUGGUGAAGAAGAAAUUCCCUAACAGAGGAGCGCCAGCACCAAGACAGAAGAAAAAGAUAUCAAAGAACAAGUCCACACAGGACUUUAUUGGUAUGGAGCCAGUAAAUCCUCCAGAGAAGGAAGUCACCAGUGAGAAUGAAGGAAAGUCCAAGAAGAAGACCAAGUUUGUAAAUCUGUACUCACAGGAAGGGGAGAACGCUCAGGUUGUGUUGUUGAAAGGACGUCACAGGUGCGACUGUGAGGCCUCCAAGCACAAGCUGAUCAACAACUGUAUUAACUGCGGCCGCAUCGUGUGCACACAGGAGGGCUCCGGGCCGUGUCUCUACUGCGGGAAUCUGGUGUGCACUCCGGAAGAGGAGCAAGAGAUCUACUCGAACACGAAGAGCGGCGCCAAGCUGAAGGACGCUCUCUCGCGCAAGGAGAGGCCUAAGGGCUGGGAGGAGGCCCUCGCACACAUGCACAAGUUGCUGAAUUAUGAGAGGAAUAGCGAGAAGCGCACGCACGUGGUUGAUGAUGACUGCGACUAUUUCAACACGAGCAGCGUGUGGCUCAGUCAAGAAGAGAAGGAUAAGCUGCAGAGCUACCAGCAGCAGCUGCACGACAAGAAGCACGCUUCGAGGAGAGCCACCAAGAUGACCAUAGAUUUCGCUGGUCGGCAGAUUCUAGAAGACAAGCCGGAGAAUACUAGUGUAGACCUGAACAUCAUCAGGGAUAUCACCAGUGGAGGAAGUAGUCACACAGCCGCGCAGGAGUUCCGGAACCCGCUGCUUACGGCCGCGUCCGUGGCUAGUGCUAGAGACGUAGUAGCCGAGGCCGACGCGCCGAUUGUACAAUUCGAUUCAUCAGCAACCGAGGGUUACGCCGCGGUGACGAAGACUUCCUCCGCCGUGUCCAAGGUGCAGGACGGUCAGCUGCUCGAGAUGAGCGACUCUGGCAAGUGUCUCUCGAUGCACCAGCCCUGGGCCUCGCUGCUCGUCGAGGGGAUCAAACUGCAUGAAGGCCGUACAUGGUACACCAGCCAUCGUGGGCGGCUCUGGAUAGCAUCCACGGUAAAGCCACCUGAUCAGGAUGUUAUCAGGUCCCUGGAGGCCCAAUAUCGGGCGAUUUAUCCAGACAAGAACUUAGUGUUCCCUACGUUCUACCCCACGGGAUGUCUGCUGGGCUGUGUCAACGUGGACGACUGCCUGCCUCAGGAGGAGUAUCAGAAACUGUACCCGGGCGGUGAAAGUGACAGCCCUUAUGUGUUCAUCUGCUCCAACCCCACCAGCCUGAAGCUGCGGUUCCCCGUCAAAGGACAACAUAAAAUAUAUCAACUGGACAAAACUAUCCACAAAGCGGCGAUGAAAUGUAUACAAAACAUGGCUAAAAUACAAGCAGAACAGGUGAAAGCUGGAUAACAAUAAUAAUUGUUAUGUAUUUAUCUUAUUAAUUUAAUUCAAAUGAUGUCCCAUAAAAAUAAAUAAAUUGUAAUAUGUAUGUUGCACAUUACUGUUAAAUUAUUUAAUCAAUAAAACGAACAUUUUUA